AUGACCAUGGGGCUGCCUGACGGCCUCGUUGGGGACGGCGACCAGGGCGAGGCCGAGGUCGCAGAGGAUGCAGCUCAAAUUGGCGUCGACGGCAAGUGCCUGUACAACGCGAAGGAAGUGAACGACCAGAUCUUCGAGGAACUCCGCCUGCCCCCCGCGCUGGUGGAUGACGUGCAGAACACGUGGAACACCUUCCUCCGUUCCGCGGAGUCGCGCGAGGCUGCCGGCGAGGCCAUCUACGCCGCCAUCUUCGACUCGGCGCCCAGCUUGCAGGGCCUGUUCAAGACGCCGCGCGCUGUGAUGGCCAUGCGGUUCAUGAACGGCCUGAACCAGAUCAUCAGCCAGCUGGGUGACCCCAAGGCGAUGAAGGUGGUGGUCGAGACGCUCGGUUUCCAGCACCUGGACCUCGAGGUCGAGCUCGGCGGGCAGCUCACCCGCACAGCGCACGCUGGCUGGGACACGAUGUUGAACUACGUGGGGGGCGCAUACAUCUCGGGAGCGCCGAAGAUGGGGGCGAGCUGGGCAACCGCCAACAACAAGGUGGAUGACGUCGAGGCGAUGCAGCAGGAGGAGGAAGCUGAGGGCGCGGAGCGUGAGGGUGAGGGCAAGGAGGAGGUGACCCUGGGCAACGCUUCAGCGGAGGCCAUCCGCGCCGAGGAGAAGGCUAAGAAGGAGGCUGCGGCUGAGAAGGAGAAGGCCAGGCAGAAGAAGAAGAAAAGAGGGUGGUUCGCCAGCGGCGGCGGCGGCCAAGAUGGCAACGGGGUUCACGUGGGUACUGGGAAGGGGAAUAAGGAAUCGGCCGAUGCAGACAGCAGUAGUUUCAGAAACACGUCUGUGCCGACCACUUACAACGAGAUGUUCGCGUUCAAUGCAGCUGUCAUGGGCUUUGGCCAGAAUGUAUGGAUGAACGAGGUCCUCGCAUCUUUCGACACUAUCGUGACGAACGUCUCUAACUCGUACCGCCUGCAGGAGGAGUGCGACGUGCUGUCGCUGCGCAUCGCGAAGUACAAGGGCACCGUGAACCUUUCUGAGUACAAGGCGGUCAUGCUUGCGUCCCUGCGCUCCCUGGUGCCCAAGGACUGGAAUUCCAACCACGAGGUCUCCUGGUCCUGGCUCUGGGAGAAUGUGGAGCGCAUGCUGAAGACGAUGAUGGGCAAGCCCUCGGUGAUGGAGAAGGCCCUCGAGCGCCUUUGGAGCAGCCUCGACGAGAACGGCCAGGCCUUCGUGCGCCGCGAGGUGUACUCCAAGUUCUUCGCGCUCGCCCCCGCUGGCCAGGACUACUUCAAGCAGUCCACCACCCGCCUCCACUUCAUCGCGGACCGCAUCGUCUCCAUGACCCUGGAGAUCUACAAGGACCCCAAGAAGAUGGUCGAGGACAUAUCCGCCCUCGGUCUUCGGCACGUUGGCUACGGGAUCCCGACGGAACUGUUCGGACCGUUCGUGACCGCCUGCGUGCAGGUCGUGCGUGGUUUGACCGAGGACGACCAGGCUGAGGAGGCUUUCCGAUGGUCGCUCAGCCUCAUCUCUCGCAUCCUCACGCGUGUGAUCACGGAGGGCUCCACGAUCGUCAUGAAGGCCAUCAACAUGAACAACGGCUCGCAGGUGCGCAAGGCCGUGGGCUGCGCGCCGCGCGGCAAGCGUGCCAUGUGGAUGCUCAACAUUCAGGUGGGGACCCAGUCGAUCUCGCCACUCCUGUGGGCAAUCGAGACGGGCAGCCUUGACGCAGCUAGAGCGAUCAUCCAGGAUCUCCUCACGAUCAGGGCGGACAGGGACCGGUACUACUACGGCAUGGAUUCCAUGUUCGAGCGCCACGAGGACAUCGUGAAGCGCCUCUGCAUCGAUGCCCCGGCAUUGCUUCCCACACUCCUGGAUGGGCUUGUGUGGCGCUCGCGCACUACGGAGAAUGGUACCCGACGGGUCAACUACUACAUCAAGCAUCUCAUCAUGGACAGCGCUGGGAACUUCUCGCAGGCGGUGGAGUGGGUCACGGACAACGGUGAUCCCAAACUCGUGUGCCACCCGAUCGUAGCGAUUGUAACUGACACCGUUUGGAGCCGCAUUGCAUUCCGGAUGUUCUUGAUGAACAAGUCGUGGGUGCUCGUCACCCUGUGUGUGUUCAUAAUCGGCACUGGAGGGCUCAAGCAUGCGAACAAGGGGGGCAAGGACGAGACAGAACGCAUCGUCGUGUUUGCUUGCCGAUGCUUCAUCUACCUGCUGAGCUUGGGGCAGUGGCUGUACUACCACAUGAAAAUGGCGUGCCGCGACGUGCGUUCCAAAACCUUCAUCAAGUGGGGUCAUUUGCCACUGCCAGCCUACCUUGAGAAUUACCAGGACUGCGCUAGCCUUCUCCUGACUGUACUCCUUCUGGCUAUGCUCGCCUGUGAACCGAUCUUGCACUGCUUCCCGCACAAGGACGAAGACUUCGAUGGGGCAGGGCUGUUCACGGAACAUUGCCCCCAGGCAAGUGACAUCGUCUCGGUCUAUUCACAGUUGAGCGCGGUCGCCACCAUCAUGUAUUUCACCCUCAUACUCGACCUCUCGGUGUUCUCCACGAGGAUCUCCGCGUUCGUGCUGGUGUGCUACCGUGUCCUGUCGGAAGUGCUUCUGUUCAUGUUCGGGCUAGCCUUUGUAGUCCUGGCGUGGAGUUGCGCGGUCAGUGCCUUGGAGCAGGACAACGACGACUUCAACGGCAUCCCCACCUCCGCCCUGUCGCUGCUGAAGAUUGCCCUCGGCAUGUACAGCGGCACGGCGUUCCUCAGGCUCCACGAGGAGGCGAUGCUCCUGAUCGCGGUGGUGAUCUACGUGAUAGUCAGCGCGGUGUUCUUGCUGAACAUGCUCAUCGCGCAGCUCAACUGCUCCUACCAGGCGACCUACCUGGACAUGGUUGGGUACGCCCGCCUGAACCGCGGCAAGAUCGUGACCGAGGCCAUGUCGGUGGUCACGGAGAAGCGCUGGAGGUGGUUCGUCGACUCGCUGCACCUGGACGAGCGGUGCGAGUUCGGGGAGGGCGACAUCGGGCUGGCUGGGGGCAUCCAGGUGCGCGAGCCCGCGAACGCGAACAUCACCACCGUCGAUAUGAUCCGCCGCUUCGGCGGCUCCACGUCCGUGCUGGCGCAGUGGCCAGAGGACGACUUGAUGGCCAACGACGAGGAGGACCGCUUCGAGCGGAUGGAGAAGAUGAUCGCGAAGGCCAUGAAGCGCAUGAGCUCGAGCGACUCCAAGAAGAAGAAGGGCGGCGGUGGCGGCUCCGGCACGGGCGGCUCCGGGACGGGCAGUGGCCCGCAGGGGCAGAGCGGCUCGAACAGCGGCUCCGCGCAGGGGCAGAGCGACCAUGACAGCGAGCACUCGCAGGGGGAGUGAGGGGCGCCGCCGGGUUGCCGUGCCUACGAGUAGCCGGCACCGCUGCCCGCCACCGGGGGGGCGGCCAGGAGGGGGCCCCUCUUCUGGAGGCCCGUGCGGGCGCCACCGCCGCCCCCAUGGGUCUGCGAGCCUCCACUGUAUGUAUAUCCCCCGCCUCGCACUCCUAACUCCUGCCGAUUGGCUGAAUGCGACGGGAGGCGGCGCUGUGCCGCGGCAAUCCCGCGCGGCCUCGUUUCUAUUCGGCCAGGCGCGCGUUUUGAAGGCGUGGCCGGCACCCUCAGAAGAUUUGGGCCUCGGCCGAGAACCUCUUCAGAGGGGGACACGGUGUUUGAAUUUUUUUUGUGGCCCUGUCCCGUCUGUAUCGCUAUUUAUUUAUGGCCUCUCCGUUCGAUCAGGAGCCAAACCAUCGGCGCUGGAGCCCAGGGGCCGGCGGUUUGCCAACAAAAAUCAGCACGCCUGUUCGGCGUGGGCAUGUGGGUUGGAUUGGCACGUGGUCGAUCAUUUUUUCGGAGGGUCAUCG